AUCGAAUGCUGCGUUGCGUCUAGAAGCAUCGCUAUUCAAUCUUGAUAAAUCAAAGCGGGAGCGGUAAUCUAAGAAGCACUUCUUUUUUACACUUUCAAAGAAUUCUCUCUUCCUCAUUUCCAAUUGAUGGAGCCUUAUGCGUUGUAUCUUCCUUACAUGCUUUGAGGGGUGAAUUUGUGACAGCCCUGUCAAGCCUGUAUCCCAUUACUUAGAGCCUGGUCAGAUAAAUCCCCGCACAAAGACCUCAUCGACCAAACAGUUGAUGCACUCGGCAGUGUCAACGUUUUUGACAAAGAGAUGGCGAGAUAUUUACAGGUGCUAUAAAAGAUAAUACAUGUCGACGUUUGAAGUAUUUGGGCUUGUUCUUCGGACAAUACCCAUCCUCAUCUCUGGAGCUGGCUUUCUCGCAAGCGACAAAAGCCUCGUAGCGUUUCGCAAGCGGCAGUAUGUCAACAAGCUUGCAAACGCUCUCCUACUCCAGCAGCAAACAGUCCGGGAAACGGUCCGGCUUAUUAUCACGCGAAGCGGCUGUGAUCAUGAUGAAUCGCUGCUUAACGAGGACCCUCUUACAUACUUUCAAAACAAGAACAUUCAGGCCCAGGUGCUGGAUUUCUUGGGCGACGAGAAUUAUAAAGCUUUGAUUGGAAGGCUACAAGAUAUGCAAACUACUCUGGAAGAAGUAGCUAGGCAUUUAGAUGGCGUCAUUCCUACUCACAAGGACAAUCCAUACGACCUCGCUGGAAUCAUAGAAGCAAAUCUCACAGCAAAAAAAUACAGGCCAGAUUUCCUUCCUCGUCUCAAAGUUGCUCUCAAAAGCAGCGAGAUAAAACAGAGCAUCGGUGAACUUGAUACAGCCACCAGCACUCUUCACACAUUUUCGCAGACAAUAUUGAUGAAUCGACACGAACCAGUCAAUUCGCUUCCAUCUUCUAAUCAUGUCAAGCUUGCCAAGGCUUUCCGCCAAAUUCAUAAAUACUCAAAAAGCUUAUACACUGCGCUUUCUUGUUGCACUCAAACGUGUCACAGCGAACACGAACAUGAUGCGCACGUUCUCCUUGAAGAUCGUCUAGAUGCGGCCGCUAAACUGCUAAAUCCCAAGCUGCAGUGGGACAAAGAAAGCGAGACAUCGCUAGCUUUCCAGCUUGUUUUUGCUGCGAGGUUCCAGGCGACGUGGCAUGAGCUAUCAGUCAAAUGUAUACAAGAAGAUGACAACUUUGAUAGCACUCAGACGAUGAGGCCAUCUCUGGUGCAAUUUAUCGGACCUAAGCGUAAUGAAUCUGCAGAAACAAACUGUCUUGCGAAAUUUGCUCCAGUGAACGACUUUUGCGCCACCAUCGUAACAGCUCACGAUAAAGCACAGCACGUCGCCUUUGUAUUGCACGAGAGCAGCCGGAUGAGUAUCGUGGCAGCGAAAGAAAAGACCAUUAUGCAGAAAAAUAACUGCCAAAAGAUUACGUUGAGAAGCGUACUUUCGGGAUCACAUAAUCCACGCGCAAUGAAGCUGCCUCUGCGCUCAAGCAUGCUCCUCGCAUCAAAGAUAGCUUCAAGCUUGCUGCAGUUCUCACAGACACGUUGGUCUGGCCAAACAUGGUCCAAAGAUUCAAUAUACUUUAUGCUACAUCCAACUCCCGAGGGGAUAGCUCCUCUUAUUGACUUCAGUCGAGCCUUUGCAUAUGCAAAAAUUGAGAAUAGCGAGGUCGACGGAGUAAACACUGCUGAGCCAAGGUCUAUUCUUCUGGAACUUGGGAUCUUGUUAUUAGAAAUAUGGCACCAAACCUCAUUAGAAGACCAGUUUUCCGAUAAGACUGCCGAUCUUUCCGGGGGGUAUUUCUCUCGUCUAUCCCUGGCUGCUCAGUGGUUGGAUGAUGACUAUAACACUCCGCCGUUACUAUAUGAGGAUGCCAUACGAUAUUGCAUCUAUGGAGUUUCAACUAAAAAGGGAGCUGAUUGGAAUACCAAUGAAUUCUGGGGUGAAAUAUGUAAGGAGGUCAUCAAACCUCUAUCAGAAAACUGUAAGCAAUGGAAAUGAAUGCCAUAUUCUAAUACAUGUCCUUGGCGUCUUUACAAUCAGGCUCCAGUACUCUCUAAAAAUAAGGGUGCAAGAGAAUAAAACAUCAAGGCCAGCAUAUUUCUUAUUGGAUGUUGAACUCCCGUUUCCUUGUAGCCCCACUUCACUCUAAGCAAUACUAGAAACUUAUUCCCAAU